GAAACAACUUCCUUUUUUACAAUUCCUCUAGUGACUAUGGAAAGCAAUGUAAACACCAACAAGGAAAGUCCUGCCCAUUGGUCUAAACUUUGGGGGUCCAGCGCAUAAAAGCCCCAGAUCCAGAGGAGGCACCAGAAUCUGAAAACCUCACCUCUGGACAGGACCCGCCCACCCUCCACCCCCGACACCAUGACCCACUCGUGCUGCUCCUCUUGCUGCCAGCCUAUGUGCUGCAGGACCACCUGCUGCCGGACCACCUGCUGCCAGCCCAGCUGCUGUGGGUGUAGCGGCUGUGGACACAACGGCGGUGGGUCUAGCGGCUGUGGGUCCAGCUGCUGCCAGCCUUGCUGCUGUCCAGCUUGCUGUCACACCACCUGCUGCCGGACCACCUGCUGCCAGCCCAGCUGCUGUGGGUCCAGCGGCUGUGGACACAACUGCGGUGGGUCUAGCGGCUGUGGGUCGAGCUGCUGCCAGCCUUGCUGCUGCCCAACUUGCUGUCACACCACCUGCUGCCGGACCACCUGCUGCCAGCCCAGCUGUUGUGGGUCCAGCGGCUGUGGGUCCAGCGGCUGUGGACAAAACUGCUGUGGGUCCCACUGCUGCCAGUCAGGUUGCUGAACCCCCGUGUACUGCAUGAGAACCUGCUACCACCCCACCUGCUGCUGCCUGCCUGGGUGC